AUGGACGAGUUCGCACAGACAGGAGCACAACAAGAUGAUCUGUUUGACGAUAUUCAGUACGACCAAUCAAUGCAGACUCGUGGAGAUGAUCUGUUCAGCCAUGAGAUUCAACCUGUGAAUCAAGAGGUCCAUCAUACCACCGAACCGGAGAAGCAAGAAGAACCAAUCAAGCAACCGGAGGCAGAAAUACCAGCUACGACUACUGAGUUAGCGUCAGAAUCAGCAACAGCCCCUGCAGGGUCAACACCAACACCUACGACUUCGGCACCAGCUCGCGGUGGACGUGGAGGUGCUCGAGGAAGGGGAAGAGGCAGGGGUCGCAAUAACCAGGAUCGCAACGACCAAGACCGCAGCCAACAGAACCGCAACAACCAAGAUCGCAGCCAACAGGAUCGCGCCAACUCAGACCGUAAGAUCAACGAGCCUCGUCGCAAUAACAAUGAGUCUCGUCGCAACAAUCAAGACCGUACCAAGAAGGACUCGCAACCAAAAGAUGUCCCAGCCGAACAGCAAGAACAACAACCAUCAGCUGCUACCGCCGAGCCUACGAAGCCAGCCACCAAUUCUGUACGCGGUGACCGUACCGCUACAGGAGGCCUUCGCAAGCCCAAGCUCAGUGAACAAGAGUUGGCCGAGAAGAUGUCCAAGAUAUCGCUCAAGAACGAGAAGCUUGCAGCCGCACACGCAAGAGCCGAAGCAGAUGCCGCCGACUUUGCAGAGCGUGAAGAAGUCGCAGCCAAACGUCGACAAGAAGAACGUAGAGACAGACAACAGAUGAUGGGCGAAAGAGAAAAGAACAGGUUACGCAAACUCAAGGCUGUAGGCGGUAGAGAAUGGGAUGCUGAGAAGCCUGACGAUGCAGAUGCCUUUGGAGGUCCUCGGCAGGCUGGUGGCAGAGGACGCGGUGCACACGGAGGAAUCACUGGCCAACGGAACCCAGAUGGCUCUCGUGAAGGCUUUGGCGGCGACAGAGAAGACCACACCGAUGGACGCGAAUACAUGUACCGCGAGGACAGGGGUAGAGGCAGAGGCCGUGGAAGAGGAGGUCGUGGUGGAGGCCCGGGCAGAGGGGGACGUGGCCCACAGCAAGAGAAACAAACCUCUCAAUCUGUACCCAAGCCCACAGACUUCCCAGACUUAUCGGGCUCGGCCUCAGCUCCCAAAUUUGAUACCGCUCCGCCGCCGACGAUGGCCUUCCCGACGAAAACAAAGCUUGAGAAGCUCGACAUCGACGAAACUCCUGGCACGGAGAAGAAGUCUUGGGCUGACAUGAUGGAGUAA